CCGGUCCGACACUUUUUCGCGGUGCACCAUACAUUCGUCGCUCCCUGCUCGGCGGACAGUGUUCAUCUCAUCUGUUGCCGCCAAGUCGUUCGCUCCGGCGGCUGUUGCUGUUUGUGUUUUUGUUUUUGUGGCCGUUGAACGCAGAUCGUCAUGUCGGACACAUGGAGCAACAUCCAGGCGCACAAGAAGCAGCUGGACUCUCUGCGGGAGAGGCUGCAGCGGCGGCGGAAGGACCCCGCGCAACUGUCCGCGGAUGGUGGAAGCAGCACAGAGGCUCCCGCGGCCAGGAGCGACAGCCCGGCUCCGUCAGCUCCACCCACCUCUCAGGAGGAGACGGAGAAACCACCGGACCCUGAGCUGGAGAAGAGGCUGCUGGGAUAUCUGUCUGACCUGAGUCUGUCACUCCCCACAGACUCUCUCGCCAUCACGAAUGAACUCAACAUCUCUGAACCUGCUGUCACUCACGGGUGCAUCCAGAGUCUGCUGCUCAAGUUCUCCGCCCAGGAUCUCAUCGAGGUCCGGCAGUCCACCUCGGCCUGUUCCUCGUCGGCCUCCUCCCCCACGGUCAUCAUCUCCGUGGAUCACACAAAACUAUGGCCUAUGAUCGGUUCCGGGGCCGGAGCCCGACCGACUGGAGUCAAGAGAAAAGCAGAAGAGCAAACCCACAGCAAGAGAACUGCAGGCUUCUCGCCCUCGCUGCAACGCCCCGCUUCCCCACCACGCAUGUCCUCCAUCUCCCUGACGCCAGCAUCCUCCUCACAGCUGGCAGGGCCUUCGGCGUCGGGGAGCGGUGCCGACAAGAAGGGCAGGAGUAACAAAGGCCAGUCGUCUCAUAUGGACAUGGAGAUCGAGAGCCUCUUGAACCAACAGUCCACAAAAGAGCAGCAGAGCAAGAAGAUGAGCAGGGAGAUUCUGGAGCUGCUCAACACCAGCACGGCCAAGGAGCAGUCCAUUGUGGAGAAGUUUCGGUCUCGCGGCCGAGCUCAGGUCCAGGAGUUCUGCGACCACGGGACCAAAGAGGAGUGUGUGCGCUCCGGGGACACGCCCAAGCCGUGCACCAAGUUACACUUCCGUCGCAUCAUCAACAAGCACACGGACGAGAGCCUCGGCGACUGCUCCUUCCUCAACACGUGUUUCCACAUGGACACGUGCAAGUACGUCCACUACGAGAUCGACAGCCCUCCAGAGGCGGAGGGGAGCCUGCUGGGGCCCCAGGCGGGCACAACGGAGCUCGGCCUCCACGCCGAGGACACGGACAGCAACGAGGGCAAGCUGUUCCCCUCGCAGUGGAUCUGCUGUGAUAUCCGCGUCUUGGACGUUUCCGUCCUGGGUAAGUUUGCCGUGGUGAUGGCCGACCCCCCCUGGGACAUCCACAUGGAGCUGCCCUAUGGCACGCUGACCGACGACGAGAUGAGGAGACUCAACAUCCCCAUCCUGCAGGACGACGGCUUCCUCUUCCUCUGGGUCACUGGCAGGGCGAUGGAGUUGGGCAGAGAGUGCCUCAGUCUUUGGGGUUACGAUCGCGUGGAUGAAAUCAUAUGGGUGAAAACCAACCAGCUCCAGAGGAUCAUCCGCACCGGGAGGACGGGCCAUUGGCUGAAUCACGGGAAGGAGCACUGUCUUGUGGGCGUGAAGGGAAACCCGCAGGGAUUCAACAGAGGUCUGGACUGCGACGUCAUCGUGGCCGAGGUCCGCUCCACCAGUCACAAGCCGGAUGAAAUCUACGGCAUGAUCGAGAGACUGUCGCCCGGCACCAGGAAGAUCGAGCUGUUCGGUCGACCCCACAACGUCCAGCCCAACUGGGUAACUCUUGGAAACCAGCUUGACGGCAUCCAUCUGUUGGAUCCCGAGGUCGUGGCUCGGUUCAAGGAGCGUUAUCCAGACGGCGACAUCUCCAAACCCAAAAACCUGCAGUGAUGACAUCGUCUGUGUUCACAGGCAGCCGAUGUGGGCGACGCGCAGCCGCGGAAUGACGUGGAAAUUCACACUCAGUCCCUCCGGGGGGACCGUCGGUGAGCGGCUUUUCUGACUUGUGACUUGUUAUCUGCGGUGUGUGACACGUGACCUGUGACGUGUUGUUAUUAUUUGGUCGGAAUUUGCGUUGGAGUUAAUCUACUUCGAGUCCAUGAUGCCUACAUGUAUUUUCCAUUUGUUCCCCCCCACAUUAGAAACUAGGCCCACUCUCAACUCCCCUCAUCAGCUUAGUAAACAAUGUCGAAACGUGCAGCAGUCGAUAAGAAUCGUUUUUCUGCAGCUCCACAUUUCCACUGAGCCGCCCUUUUACGCUCAGUCCCCUGGGGCUUUAUGGGAAGAAGAAAGAAAAAGAAAUAGUGCGGUCCUGUGUCACUGCCCUGAGCACAGAGCUUCACACAGGCCUGCCAGGGUGGAUGACGCACACGCACACACACACACACACACACACACACACACACACACACACACACGCCGUGCAUGUGUACCUGCAUCAGUGUGUCUGUCCAUUAACAGCAGCCUACAAUCCUCUUUCCUUUCAUAUUCACCGGAUAAAGCGGCUUUUAGGUCCAAAUAAUGACAAUCAUGUCGGUUGUUUUCACUGAUGGGAAAUGACUCGAGUGCAUAUAGUCAAGGUCUGCGUUUUUAAAGACCUCUAUUAUACUGCUGCUCUGCCUCAGAUGCAAAUUUUGUACUUUUACUGCUCUGCCUUUAUCCGACAGCUGCUACUUUCCUGUCAAUCAUUUUCCAACUACAACAUAUUAAUCUACUUCUAUAUAUUAUAAAAAGGUGUCUUAAUAGAUUAAACCAACGUUAGUUGCAUGUUAAUGCAUCAGUAAAUAAAAAGUAACACUCUGAAGUGAAGAUGUUUUAUGCACUUUUACAUAAGUGUGCAGGGCUUUUAGGGGCCGUGUGAAAGUUAUUGAAGUGGUGACGUGAGCUGAAAAAAGUUAAAAAAAGAAAAAAAAUAAGGUUUUGGCCCUGAACAGGCUGAACCCUCUUCUUGGCAUCUGUCCAGUUACAUGUCAAAAAUAAUCCAACUGUGUAGCACUGGUAGCAACCAACAUUGCACAUUAUAACUAAACCCUGACAUGGAGAGGGGGACAUGUUGUCUGUUGCACGUGGAAGAAGAAGUGCAAGUGAAAAGUUGUCUCUUUUAUGCAACUGUCUCGUGAAUAUAUUGAAAAGGAAAUCUGGGAUGAAAAAAAUUAAAUUGCUCUGCUUCUUUAAAAUUAAAAAAAAAAAAAAAGGAUUUUACUUAUACUUUCUGCCCCCUGAUCAUUUUCCUACAGCCCCUAACCUGUGAUGGAGUAUUUGUGCACUGCUCAAGUCCAACUCAAGUGGUUCAGUUGAGUCCAAAAAAUGACAAACCUCCAACUUUUUCCUGCCCCUGACCUUUUUUUUUAAGUUUGGGAAAACAUGAAGAGCUCUUGCAGGAGGUGGAAGGGUUGAACGACAGGUUAAUCUGAGCUUUCACCUGGAGCGGCACUGUGGGCGCAUCGCUUAUCCCUCUGUCUGUCUCCUUGACAAUGAACAAUUGCAGCCGCUCGGCCAUAUUCUGAGUGUGAGGGCGAUAUCCACCGUGUCGGAAUCAACAGCCUGAAGAGGAUGCCAGAUGAACCCGCAGAGUUUUUUAGGAGUCGGAGAGCAACAGGUGACGCGGAAAAAAACCUGGACAUGAGGUUUUUCCACUAAAAGCAGCAGCACAGAUUCAUGACGAGGAACCCUCCCACUGACACACCCCCUGCUCCACGACCCAAUAAAGAGUGAAGCUGUGUUCAUAGCACACGCUUUUUUAUUCAUCCUGAUUCUUUAUUUCACCCAAAACAGAUAUACUCUACUUUUUCUUGAAAUCCAGUUUGAAAUAAGUUGAGUGCUGUUUCCUACCUGUUGGGAAAAACCUUUGCAGAGAGCCAGCGGGGAAAAGUGGAUCUUCUUGGUAGUGAUUCCCAGUCUCAACUCACUCUUCUCUCAUCAGAAAGUGGUUCAGUGUGUGUGUGUGUGUGUGUGUGUGUGUGUAUGUAUGUGUGUGUGUGUGUGUGUGUGUGUGUGUGUGUGUGUGUGUC